AUGAAGCUCCUCAGCCCGGCUAUUUCCCUUCUGGGUGUAAUAUCCCAACCUAUUCUAGCCCAGUUUACUUUCACGUCUACAGUCGAACACAACGGCGUUCCAGUGCCGCAGGCCGAAACUGACCUCAAGCCGUUCAAGCCAGGUACCCUUGGCCGCAUCAGGAGCCGCACAGAUGAUGAUUCGGGCCCCGAGAUAGGAACGACAACCCUGAGACGGGUUAAGAGAACCAAUCCGACUGCAAAUAGUAACAAUUGGUGUGGUUCUGUACAAUCUACAACGUCAAGCAAUCAAAUCAAGCUCGUCCACGGUACCUUUCAACAUCCCACGUGCACUCAGCGGCCCGGCGUCACUCAGUAUCCCCAGGCGGCAGCCGCUUGGAUUGGCAUUGAUGGUGAUUCGUGGACUUCGGCAUUGCUGCAGGCUGGGACGGUUUGCAAGAUCAACAACUCUACCGGAAUAGUUGAAAACGAAGUCUGGUGGCAAUGGGUCCCCAAUGGCGCUUACACGAUUACCAACAUUCCCGUCUUUGCUGGUGAUUGGUUUGACAUCACCAUCAAUACAACCUCCUCCACAGCAGCGACCAUCAAAAUCAUGUCCAACCGCGGCUACACUUACAGUGUCAAUGCCUGGCAAGGCGCCACCUUGGCGCGCGUAGACGCCGAUUGGGUCGUCGAGCGGCCUUACUACGGGAGCACCCUGGCGGGCUUUGCGCAAUUCACCCAGGUUUGGUUCCAGAAUGCGUAUGCAACGCUCACGAGCGGGACUAGCAGCUUGGGCAUUACGGGCGCGAAGCAGUACCAGAUUCCGGGCGGGUGUGCGAGCGCAGAGUACGAUAAUUCAAAGCUGUAUGCUGCUGUUGCGGCUUAG